GAGGGAGGCGGAGACUGAGCUGGACGGUGAUGCUCGCGGUCUCCACCUCCUCCGCCUCUCCUCCUCUCUCCUCCCUCGAGUCUCUCCUGACCGCCAGCCCGCUUUCUCCCUCCCUCCGGCCGCCCCGCUUUGUUUUCGCGCUCUUACCGAGUCCCUCAGCUGCUCUGUCCCGGCGCGAGUCUCCGAGUAGCGCGGUGAAGCAGAGUAGUGAAAAUGGGCGCACUGUCUCUUUAAGAUCCCCUGACUGCUCCGCUUCGUAUUGAUCAAUCCACCAUUUUCCAACACACUCAGCGGCGGAGGCAGUGCUCGCGACGGCGUGAGGAAGCCCUACCUGGAGCCACCAGGACGCGGGGCAGUCAUGGCAGCCAACAUGUACCGGGUCGGAGAUUAUGUUUACUUUGAAAACUCCUCCAGUAACCCACUGCUGAUCAGGAGAAUAGAGGAACUCAACAAGACGGCAAAUGGAAACGUGGAGGCCAAAGUGGUGUGUUUCUACAGACGGAGAGACAUCUCUGCCACGCUCAUCGCCUUAGCAGACAAACAUGCACGAGAGCUGGAGGAGGAGAUGGAGAACCCAGAGAUGGCAGAUCUGCCCGAGAAACAGAAACACCAGCUGAGACACAGAGAACUCUUUCUCUCCAGACAGCUGGAGUCUCUGCCUGCUACACACAUCAGGGGAAAGUGCUGUGUGACGCUUCUCAACGAGACAGAGACCCUCAAGUCCUACCUGGACAGAGAGGACACGUUCUUCUACUCGCUGGUGUACGACCCUCAGCAGAAGACUCUCCUGGCCGAUAAGGGGGAGAUCAGAGUGGGGAAUAAGUACCAGGCAGAUAUUACUGACCUUCUGCAAGAGGGUGAGGAUGACGGCAGGGAGCAGGUCAAACUGGAGGAGAGAGUGUGGGACACCAGCAGUCCUCUGACAGAGAAACAGAUCGACCAGUUCCUUGUAGUGGCUCGGUCUGUGGGUACAUUUGCACGGGCUCUGGACUGCAGUAGUUCAGUUCGGCAGCCCAGUCUGCACAUGAGCGCUGCAGCAGCCUCCAGAGAUAUCACACUGUUCCACGCCAUGGACACACUGCACAAGAACGGCUAUGACAUGACCCGGGCUAUCGCAGCCCUGGUGCCGCAGGGUGGACCCGUACUCUGCAGAGACGAGAUGGAGGAGUGGAGCGCUUCAGAGGCCAACCUGUUCGAAGAGGCACUGGAGAAAUACGGCAAAGACUUCACUGACAUCCAGCAAGACUUUCUGCCGUGGAAGUCUCUGACUAGCAUUAUUGAGUAUUACUACAUGUGGAAAACCACAGACAGAUAUGUUCAGCAGAAACGGUUAAAGGCUGCGGAGGCGGAGAGCAAGCUGAAGCAGGUUUACAUCCCUAACUAUAACAAACCCAACCCCAACCAGCUGAGUGUGAACAGUGUGAAGCCAGCUCUGGUGAACGGGGCAGGGGUGUUGCCGGGGGCGACGGGGCAGCCGACCGUACUUGGCCGGGCCUGCGAGAGCUGCUACACCACCAGCUCGUAUCAGUGGUACUCAUGGGGGCCGACCAACAUGCAGUGCAGGCUGUGCGCCUCCUGCUGGACCUACUGGAAGAAGUACGGUGGCCUGAAGAUGCCCACUAGGUUGGACGGGGAGCGGCCAGGUCCCAACCGCAACAACAUGAGUCCUCAUGGCCUGCCGGUUAGGCACAGCGGGAGUCCAAAGUUCGCUGUGAAGACCAGGCAAGCUUUCUACCUGCAGACCACCCAGCUGACCCGAAUGGCCCGCCGGGUCUGCCAGGACCUCCUCAGGUCCCGCUACGUAGCUAGACACCCCUACAUACCUGUCAACACAGCAGCCAUCAAAGCAGAGUGCGCAGUGCGGUUGCCAGAUAUGUCCAAAAAGCCUGCAUCCUUGAAACAGGCAGUACGGAAGCCUCUGGAGUCUGUGGUUAGAUAUCUUGAGGCCCAUCCAUGUCCUCCUAAACCAGAAAUUCUUCGAGGAGCCUCCAUUUCCACAAGCAGCCUGACGCCCAUCAAAUCCUCCCCCAUCCUCAACAACGGCUCGCCCACCAUCCUGGGCAAACGUACCUACGAGCAGCACAACGGCCUGGAGGGAUCCAAACCCAAAGUGUUGACCCCUCAGUGGGAGAUCAUGUCCAAGCGUAUGUCUGAGCAGGGACGCCCUCCCUCCGCCUUGCAGGACAAUGAAGUUCAUGAGCUUGACUGACCCCUUCUGUGGCCUCCACCUGUUAUGCACAGAGAACAGGUGAAGAUGAAGGUUUUCUCUCCAUCUCUCAGUGAUUUGAAGGACCUAUGAAGAGGAUCUAGGCUCAGCCUGGGCGGUAUUAGAGCUGGUGUCAAUAAGAGACUUUGGAGGGAUGGGGACAGGGGGGGGACAGCAAAGAACUUUUGAACUAGAACAGGCUUUGGCCAAUGAUAGGACUGACCUGACUGUACAGGACUGCGUUCAAUAUUUACCAUAUAUUGCAACUUCUGUUGAUUAUUAUUAUUAUUAUUAUUAUUAUUAUUAUAACUACAAGUCUUGUUGCUAUUGUUUUUUUUUUGUUUUGUUCAUUUUUUAACCAAAUGUAAUCUUUUUUUAGUUAACUGUUGAUAAAAGAGAGAAACUGAGACGUUUCUUGAAGCAGCUUGCUCUCAAACCCUAAAGAGGGAAAACAUGGACAGACUGUCACUUUGGCAUCUUGCAUUGUUUUCAAAUUUUUCUAAACUUACCAGAAAAAGAGAUGGACAAUUCCGUCAGUGCUGUUGUUUUGAUUCCGUUUCUUUGAAUGCUUGUAUUAUUUGGUUUCUUUAGUCCGUCCUUCCCUGAAGCCACAGACGUUUAACUUAUUGAUGAAGAUGACGGAACGUGCUCUUUUUCUACCUUUUUCCACAAGUAUUGCAACUAAGCUUCGAUGGUGUAAUUACAGAAAGUUGUUUCUCUUUUGUGAAUAUGUAAAUGAGAACAUUUACGGAGGCAUUAUUGUACAGUGGUGCAUUUUGGGCCUCCAGUGUUUAUCAAUGCUUGUUAUAAUGAUUUUGUCAUGUACAGCAUAUUCUUUUUGUAAGGAAACUCUUGCAUAAAUGGAGAAUUGUUCUGAGAUGGUGGAAAUUCUACAAGGGUACUGCUCCAUGAAUACAAUGCACCUUCUCAAGAAUGAUACCGUA